UCCUCCUCCCGUUCAAGUGUUUUUCCCCGCCCCCUGCCCACGCUUAAUUAAUGAUCUCCUCCAGGUCCCUUCGCACUGGACUCCUUCCUCGACCGCGCGGGCUGGGCUGGGCAGAGUGUGGCGGGAGCGCUGGGCUCAGCACUGCGCGCCCUGCGGCGAUCCCCGGUGGUACGGCGGCCUGCGCGCGCGGCGCGGGAGGGUGCAUGAUGCCGGAGAACGGCUCCUUUGCCAAUUGCUGCGAGCCCGGUGGGCGGCCCGUGCGCCCGGGCUGGUCGGGAGCUGGCAGCACACGACCCUCCGGGAUCCCCCGCCCUCCCUGGGUGGCACCCACGUUGUCCACCGUGCUCAUCGUCACCACCACGGUGGACGUCGUAGGCAACCUUCUGGUCAUCCUCUCGGUACUCAGGAACCGCAAGCUCCGGAACGCAGGUAAUUUGUUCUUGGUGAGUCUGGCAUUGGCUGACCUGGUGGUGGCCUUGUACCCCUACCCGCUAAUCCUUGUGGCCAUCUUCCACAAUGGCUGGGCCCUGGGAGAGGCGCAUUGCAAGGCCAGCGCCUUUGUGAUGGGCCUGAGUGUCAUUGGCUCUGUCUUCAACAUCACUGCCAUUGCCAUUAACCGUUACUGCUACAUCUGCCACAGCGUGGCCUACCACCGGCUCUGUGGGUACUGGCAUGCCUCCCUCUACAUUGGCCUCAUCUGGCUGCUCACCCUGGUGGCCUUGAUGCCCAACUUCUUCGUGGGAUCCCUGGAGUAUGACCCGCGUAUCUACUCCUGCACCUUCAUCCAGACAGCCAGUGCCUGGUACACAGCGGCAGUAGUGGUCAUCCACUUCCUCCUCCCCAUCACUGUGGUGACCUUCUGUUACCUGCGCAUCUGGGUGCUGGUGUUCCGGGCCCGCAGGAAAGCCAAGUCGGAGAGCAAGCUGCGCCUGAAACCCAGCGAUGUGCGGAGCUUCCUCACCAUGUUUGCUGUGUUUGUGAUCUUUGCCAUCUGCUGGGCCCCACUUAACUGCAUUGGCCUCGCUGUGGCCAUCAACCCAGAAGAAAUGGCUCCCCAGGUCCCAGAGGGGCUUUUUGUCACCAGCUACUUCUUAGCUUAUUUCAACAGCUGCCUUAACGCCAUCAUCUAUGGGCUCCUGAACCAGAACUUUCGCCGGGAGUACAAGAGGAUCCUCUCAGCCCUCUGGAACCCACUGCACUGCUUUUCGGAUGUUUCCAAGGGCAGCCACACCGAGGGCCCGCUGAGCCAGGCUUCCCCUGCUGUUCAUGGCACACACCCUGUCCAGGCAGAUUCCCAGUAGCCUGGAUCCAAGGUACACCAACCCAGCGACAAACUCAUGGAAUGGUGGGAGUGAAUCUGCUGCCACCACGCUGACCUGUUCCAUGACUGGUGGAACUCACUCCUGUGGACAAGGCCAUCAGCACCCUUGGCUCCGGCUGGUCCGGGGGUGCCCACAUUACCUGGCAUAAACUCAGUGGUGUGUUAGGAGCUUGCACAUUCAAGACCAGGCAAGGAGCAGAAUGAGUGAUGGUCUGGGGCAGAAGUGACCAGUUCCUUCCUGUGGACUGCACCUCAUCCUGCUCUGACCGCCUCACUGCUUCUCCCUUUCCCCUCAGAGAUGGUAGAAAUGCAUGGCUUCUGUCAGCAAGGAUG